AUGGUCUCAAUCGUGCAAGCCAUCCUUCGUGGAUCCCAGUUCUUAUGGACUCUUCUCACAACAGCUUUGAUCGGAAACGUCAUCGCUGAGGCUUUCGCCGGAAACCCAUCGGGCAUCAACUAUGCCAUCUUCACCAGUGUCUUCUGUUGGUUGGUUCUGAUCUAUGGAGGAGUUGCAGCUUUCAUGGAGAGUCUGGCGAUCCCAAUUGCGCUUCUCGCUAUGGACGCGCUCGCUACUCUCUUCACAUUCAUCGCUGGUGUCGUUCUCGCCGCCAAGCUCACUGUUCACAGCUGCAGCAACCGAGGUUACGUUCUAACCAACGGCUACACAAAUGGCUCUCACAACCCAGAGAAGAGAUGCCGCGAGCUCCAAGCCAGUACCGCAUUUUACUGGUUUCUCUUCGCAUCUUUCGCUGCUUCUUUGGUCAUGACUGCGCUUAGCUCCCGUGGCUCUGGCAUAACCGGUCGCGGCGGUAUCCGUAAAGGUGGGCCAUCCAUGAGCCAGGUUUAA